AUGGGCAAUGGGACCGAGCCUUGCGAUCUUAUUGAAGACGUUAAUUCUUCCUACAAUCCACCAAUACUUAUCAUAACCUUUAUCCUCGGAUUUAUUGGAAAUAUCGUUGCUUUAUGGAUCUUCAGUUUUCAUGUGAAAUCCUGGAAACCAAACACAGUUUAUUCACUGAACCUGGCGAUUGCAGACACUCUGUUAAUCUGCUGUUUACCGUUUCGAGCAGAUUACUUUAUCAGGGGGAAGAACUGGAUUUACGGAGAUGUUCCUUGUCGUCUGAAGAUCUUCAUGAUAUUUCUAAAUCGGACGACAAGUGUCAUUCUCCUCACGGCGAUGGCGAUCGAUCGCUAUUUGAAAGUGGUCCACCCUCACCACAGAAUGAACAAGAUACCUACAAGCUGUGCAGUGAAGGUAGCCGCCGGUUUGUGGGUUCUCACAGUGGCAAUUUCGUUGCAUUUUGUGACUGAAUGCCAUACCUUCAUGUACAACAAUCGAACCUACUGUGAACCCCUUCACAUCCACCAGCCGUUCUCUAUUAAUGCAAUUUGGACCGAUAUUGUGUUUAUUCUUUUCAAGUUUGUCCUCCCGUUUUCGAUUAUCGUCUUCUCCACGUCCUCCAUCAUCUGGAAGUUAAAACAGAUGAAAACUGAAAUAAGGCGCAAAUAUAAACGAGCGGUGAAGCUCGUGAUCGCUGUGGCUGCAGUUUUUGUGCUUUGUUUCUUGCCCACAAACAUUGCAGUUAUCGCUGUGUUAAUCACGAAGCGCAUGAGCACUGUGAGCUGCCGGUCGUAUGAAACUGCUGUUCAGAUAUUUUACGAUACUCUGUGCAUAACCUACCUGAACAGUGUGCUCGACCCAGUUAUUUACUACUUUUCGAGCUCAACCUUCAAAGAUUCUUUGAAGAAAGCGCUUGGCGCUCUUCAUCUAAGACUUUUCGAAUCGGAAACAAACCAAACAGGCCAGGCGAAAGGGAAACAAUCGGUUGAUUCUUCAAAAUUAUCAUCGGUUGACAAUACCUGUGAUCAAUUUCAAACUGAGCUGACGGAGAAUCUUUGA